AUAUGUACUAGAGUUUUAUGUUUGGUGAUUCAAAAUUAACCACCAUAAGAUAUUAUGGCUUCUGCUUGUGUUUCCUGUGUUGUGAUUUUCCUUUUGAUCGUUAUGGUUUAUUAUGCUGAGGCUGAUGAUCAAACCUCUGCGACCGCGCGGCUCAUGAUAGUGGACCAAUCUGGGAAGGGAGAUUACAGGAAGAUACAAGAUGCCAUUGACGCUGUGCCAUCUAAAAACACUGAAGCUGUAUUUAUACUGGUUAAACCUGGUGUUUAUGAUGAGAAGAUUGUUGUUCCGGCUGAUAAACCUUUUAUAACAAUAAGUGGGACAAAGGCAAGUGAUUCAAGUGAGACACUAAUAUCUUGGAACGAUAGUGGGGAUAUAUUUCAAUCUCCUACACUCUCCGUUCUGGCUUCGGAUUUCACUGGCCGAUACCUAACAAUUCAGAAUACAUAUGGGGCUGGUGCAAGAGCUGUUGCAUUGAGGGUAUCAGGUGAUAAGGCUGCAUUCUUCGGAUGCAGAAUUUUGUCUUACCAGGAUACCUUGCUUGAUGACAUUGGAAGACAUUAUUACAGCAAUUGUUACAUCGAAGGAGCCGUCGAUUUCAUAUUUGGCAACGCUAAUUCUCUUUUUGAGAAGUGUCAUUUGCAAUCAUUGUCUGAUGGUAACGGAGCGAUUACGGCGCAGCGGAGGCAAUCUCCGUCAGAGAACACAGGGUUUAUAUUCUUGGGUUGUAAGAUCACCGGCGUGAAGAGUGCGGUGCUAGGAAGGCCGUGGGGUGCUUAUUCUAGGGUUGUAUUUAUCCAAACCUACAUGUCUAAUGUUAUACUGCCCCAGGGAUGGGAUAACUGGGGAGAUCCAUCAAAAGAAAGGACCGUGUACUUUGCUGAAUACAAGUGUUUUGGGCCUGGAGCCAAGACCCAGAAAAGGGUUACAUGGUCCAAAGAACUCACGGGUCAAGAAGCCCAGAUCUUCAUGACAAAGGACAUUAUUGGUGGAAACAGUUGGAUCCGGCAAGUGAAAGAUUUUGCAGAAGAAAUUAUGGGUUCUCUUAUGGCAGGAUGGGACUCCCCUGUCCCAGAUCCUAAAUCAGUUUUACGCAGGAGAAACAGUUCACUGACCAAGGAAGAAAUUGAGGCUUACUGGAAAUCAAAAAAGAAAACAGAGGAAGAGCAUCUCAGGGCCAUUUCCCGUCUCUCAGACAGCACCCAGGAAAGUCUGUUUGAGAAAUCUGGAAAGAAGUAUGUGAGAUCAAGCUCCAUGCCUCGGUCUGGUACUAAAGUGGGUUUGUUGGACAAGGAUGCAGAAACAAACUUGGAGGAUAUCAUAAAGAAAAAUGGAUGGUGGACUAGAAGCAAUUGGGCGUUUCUGAAUGAAAUUCCUGUGCUUGAACGCAGUUCCAACUCUUACACAGCACAGUAUCACAUUGCUAACGUUGCCAAUUCCAAACUGAACAGCGACACAGGAAUCAGCACUUGAGUUUUCUAGUUGCUUUUCUGUUCUUCUCCUUUGUUGUCUGGUUUUUGUGUGUAAGCUCAUCAGUAUGUCAUGGUCUACAAAACGCAGAUCUUGGAUCUCUCUGUCUUCCUAGUUGGAAGCUUAGGUGUGUCUUGGUCUUUUUCCAGCUGUCUGUCAAAUUAAGUGUGUAUUAUAGUUUCAGGGGGAUACUGAGUUAAUGAGUCUGUACUAGGAUUUUGCAAGCUCUAUAUUGUACAAAUUUCAAGUAAUGUAUGGCAAAAUUUUGUAAUAUAUAUUGGGUUCAUGG